AAAGAGGGCUGGGGGACACAGAAGGAACACAGGCACCACAGGAAUGUGGUUGGAAAGGGAUGCGAAUGGCGAGAUUCGGCCAGAUUCUGAGAAGUCCUGGGGUAGCCGACCAGGGGGCCAAGCAGGCAGAGGCCCAUUGCCAAGGCAGCCACCAAGUAAACAAGCAGUAACCCGAGUCCCUCCAGGCGGCGCACCAGCAGAGGCCCGCCCUCCACGCCGUUCACCCGCGCCCAGUGCACCUAGACUGGGUGCUGCCGGGUCGGGUGCCUCCGGAGGCAAGCCAAGGGACUGCAAGCGAAGGAGGCUAGUGGGGCGGCUCCUCCCUUCCUCUCUCUUGUCGGGAAGGCGGCUAGAAUGCUUCCAAAGACUGGGUCGGGUCUGAUCUCAAAGGCCUGGUCUGGGGUAGUCGCUUUAUGUGACAUCCACUGCCCCGGAAUUCUGCCAAGCCGGGGGCGGGUUGGGCGAAGGAGCCGAGGAAGCCCCCGCCCUUUUCUGCUGCUCAGCGUCACGCGUGACGUCCCGGUGAUGGAUGGGAGGAAAGCAGAGAGCUGUGAGGAAGGCGGGUCUGAGAGCUGCUAGAGGCUGAAAAUCCCGGAAAGCAAGAUGGGGGACUUGCCCUUAGAUAUCAACAUCCAGGAACCUCGAUGGGACCAAAGCACAUUUCUAGGCAGAGCCCGGCACUUCUUCACAGUUACUGACCCUCGAAAUCUGCUGUUGUCUGGGGACCAGCUGGAAGCUUCCCGCAACAUUGUGCAGAAUUACAGGGCUGGUGUGGCAACCCCGGGGCUUACUGAGGACCAGCUGUGGAGAGCCAAGUAUGUGUACGACUCUGCCUUCCAUCCAGACACAGGGGAGAAGGUGGUCUUGAUUGGCCGCAUGUCAGCCCAGGUGCCCAUGAACAUGACCAUUACUGGCUGCAUGCUCACCUUCUAUAGGAAGACGCCGACUGUGGUGUUCUGGCAGUGGGUGAACCAGUCCUUCAACGCUAUUGUGAAUUACUCCAAUCGCAGUGGGGAUGCUCCCAUCACCGUGCGGCAGCUGGGAACAGCCUAUGUGAGUGCCACCACUGGGGCCGUGGCCACUGCUCUGGGACUCAAAUCUCUCACCAAGCACCUGCCACCACUGGUUGGCCGAUUUGUACCCUUCGCAGCUGUGGCCGCUGCCAACUGCAUCAACAUCCCCCUGAUGAGGCAGAGGGAGCUACAGGUGGGCAUCCCAGUGACGGAUGAGGCAGGUCAGAGGCUUGGCCACUCGGUGACUGCUGCCAAACAGGGAAUCUUCCAGGUGGUGAUAUCGAGAAUCGGCAUGGCGAUUCCUGCCAUGGCCAUUCCCCCAGUGAUCAUGAAUGCUCUGGAGAAGAAAGACUUCCUGAAGCGCCGCCCCUGGUUGGGGGCUCCCCUGCAGGUGGGACUGGUAGGCUUCUGCCUGGUAUUUGCCACACCCCUGUGCUGUGCCCUGUUCCCCCAGAGAAGCUCCAUACACGUGACCAGGCUGGAGCCGGAGCUGAGAGCUGAGAUCCAAGCACAAAACCCCAGCAUCGAUGUGGUUUACUACAACAAGGGACUCUGAGGGGAGCCAGGCUCUGCCUCUUUCCUUACCUUCUUAGGCUGCUUCUUGGGUGCCACCUUACAAUGUUACACUUGUUUAUCUUCCGGGUCAGAGGGCUUGAGGUGGGGAGCAGCCACUGAGACCAGCAACCCCUUAGACUGGAGGAGGCAUCCCUAUAAGGCCCUUCUCUCCUCUCUGGUUUCAAGUCACAAAACCCUCCUGGGCUCGUGUGUGCACCCACCUACAUAUGCAACACAUGGAAGUGUUUAUGUAUUUGGUCCUGGAAGCCAAGAACAGAUAGGCUGUUCUAGGAUGUCUUAAUAUUUGGCUUCCCUCGCUAGUCUCCUGCCCACCUAGCAGCAAGCCAGGUUAUAGAUGAUACUUCCUUCCCUAAACUGUUUCUCUGGCCAAAACAUUUCCGAUAGCCCAUUACCCUUCUGGAUCCCAGAACACGGACUGAAGGCCACCAGCAAGCCAAAUAGAAUCUAAUCCUUCAGGUUUCCUGAAUAGCUGACUCCGGAAUCUGGGCUGGCAGUGUUGGGAUUAGGGAGGCAUGGGGCUCAUGCCUGCUGUGCCCCGCAUCCUUGAAUGGCUCCCGUCCUCUCUUCUCUUCUAGAGGAACGAAGGGAUGUCGGUAGCCUGCACUGCCCUCCACACGGCAAUGUGGGUGCUUUUAGGGAUCGUUUUAGGCGGUCUUGGUCUGUUCUGAUGUCAUGACUCAGACAGAAAUCCCACAAUUCCAGUUCUUUCCCUAAUCAGGAAGUCACCCAGGCAGAACAAGCAUUCCCCUUCAGGAAUGGCCACCACCCAAACCCAGUUAUAGGGGGACUGAUGUGGAAAUGGUGCUUCAAACACAGGCAGGCCUCCAGCGUACAGUCUCAAGACAGGAAAGUCUGUGCUUCAUUGACCCUUCUUAGACAUUCACCACACCCCACCUCAGCUCCUUCUUCUCCAGCUGCCAGUCUCUCUGGAAGACCUCGGGGCUUCACAUACGCUAGGCAAGUGCUCCACCACGGAGCUACAUCCCGUCCCAGUUCUCUCUCUCUCUCCUUUCUUU